CCAUAUGAACUCAAAUAAUAAAGGAUCAAAGGACGAAAUGGCGAGUACUUCAACAUCUGCUACUUUUGUUGUCGUGGGUGGAGGUAUCGCCGGAGUCUCCUGCGUGGAAGGACUCUCCUUUUUAAAUCCGGAGGAAAAAGUAAUUUUGAUCACAGCGAGUUCAUUAAUAAAAGCUGUAACAAACGUUGUACCUCUUGGAAAAUUGAUAAUGAAAUUCGACAUCGAAGAAAGAGCAGCAAAAAGUCUUUCUGAAGCGCAUUCAUCAGUUGACGUUGUUCAGGAUAAAGUUAUAAGAGUGAACCCAACAGAAAAGAUAGUGGAGACGAAGUCCGGACAUAUUAUUAAAUAUCAGAAGCUUUGCUUGUGUACCGGUGCGAGACCGAAACUCAUAGCCGAGGGACAUGAGAGAGUCUUGGGAAUUCGAGAUACGGAGUCCGUAGAAGAAUUCAGUAAAAAACUACAAUAUGCAAAAAGAAUUCUUGUCCUAGGAAACGGUGGAAUAGCUACCGAACUCGUGCACGAGGUACAGGGUGUUGAGAUGAUAUGGGUCAUCAAGGAUAAACAUAUUUCAGCAGCGUUUGUGGAUCCUGGAGCUGCUGAAUUCUUUCAGUAUAAAUUGUUACAUCCUGGAACUUCAAGUAAGGAUAACAGUAGUGCCACAAAGCGGAUGAAGUACACCAUAUCCGGUGAUAAAGUUUCUAAGGGUGGUCCAGCUCUUGGACCCGAUUGGCACAACAAUUUCCGCAUCGAAGGAACUUCUACAGUUAAAACUAGAGUGCAGGUCGAGUAUGAAUGUGAGGUUUUGAAGAUCCUAGAGCCCGAGGAUUUAAAAAGUGUAGCUCGUGAUAAGGAUGAUGAAGAUCCGGAUAAAACCAAGUGGCCGAUUUACGUUGAACUAACAAAUGGAAAAAUCGUGGGAGCUGACUUUAUCGUUUCCGCAACUGGAGUAAUUCCAAACUCAGACAUCCUUGGUUUGGAGUCAUUGAACAAAUACGAAGAUUAUGGUUUCGCUGUUGACUGGAAAAUGGAAACUUCACAUCCUGACGUAUACGCAGCUGGUGAUGUCUGCACGGCAUCCUGGGAACCAGCAGAACAUUGGUUUCAAAUGCGUCUCUGGACUCAAGCACAGCAAAUGGGUCAAUACGCUGCACGCUCAAUGAAUUCCAGUUUAAAGAACGAACAGUUCUUCCAGGACUUUUGCUUUGAGCUCUUCACACACGUCACGAAAUUCUUCGGCUACAAAGUCGUUCUCAUCGGCCUCUUUAAUGCCCAAAAACUUGGCAAGGAAUAUGAGAUUCUACUGAGAACCACCAGAGGUAAAGAAUACAUCAAACUAGUUCUCAAGAAUGGAAAACUCCAAGGCGCAGUUCUGAUCGGCGACACGGAUCUUGAAGAAAUGUGUGAAAAUCUUAUUCUUAACGGACUGGACUUAUCGAUUUACGGAGAAGAUCUACUGAAUCCUGAUAUCGAUAUUGAGGAUUACUUUGAUUGAGGUGCAAUGGCGGGAGACCUGAAAGUAGAACCUACACCGCAUGACUAACCAGUGAAGAUGUCGGACCAAUGGUCCAUCGAGGACGAUGUCGACGUGGCUGACAGUCCUGUUGCCAUGAUCAACAAACUUGCUUCUG